GUUUAGGGUACACUGCGCAUGCGCAUCGUGCUCACAACAUAGCAUUGUAUCAUUUGCUUUUCUAUAUUUACUUGAAUAUUCGUGUACUUAAAUCUUGAAAUGCCACCAAAAGGAAAAGGUGGUAAAGGCGAAAAGGGUGGCAAGGGAGGAAAAGGAACUGCCUCAGGAAGUGCAGACGCUGACAAGAAAGAAAAGGCUCCGAAGGGAGGCACUGCUGUGAAGGUUCGACAUAUCCUUUGUGAAAAACAUGGAAAAUGCAUGGAGGCAAUGGAGAAAUUAAAGGCUGGAGUCCGAUUCAGUGAAGUUGCUACACAGUACAGUGAAGACAAAGCUCGACAAGGAGGGGAUCUGGGAUGGAUGACGCGAGGAUCAAUGGUUGGACCUUUCCAGGAUGCAGCAUUUGCCCUGCCUGUCAGCUCCAUGGACAAACCGGUUUACACAGACCCUCCAGUCAAAACAAAGUUUGGGUACCACAUUAUUAUGGUUGAGGGGAAAAAGUGAUGAAAUACAGCUAAACAUAUGAAAUAUGGAGGAUGGAUGAAAUUGAUUUUUUUCCUUGAUUUUACUGUUUCACUGCAACAUCUGAUUUAUAUUUCACAAAUGUUAGAGAAAGAUGCUAUCUGCCAGGUUUGUCUUUGCAAACAUACCUUAUGGAAGAUUCCUCCCAUGGCUGGAUUUAGAAGCCAUUUCUAAUUCACAGGAUUCCCCCUCUUAUCUUAAUAACUGAUUUGUGGAAGUCAGUUUCACCGUGUUUGUAUAUGCUUAAAAUGUGGUUAAAGAAGUAUUAGUCUCACUUCAAUAAACAUGUUUUAAAAGGAA